CCGCUCCUGACCGUAACCAGAUAUAAGCAGCAGGGCCAGGCAGCAUGUGCUGAAGGACACACACGGCUAACAGACCACCAUUGCUAGAAAGCAGCAAGAAGGGGAAACUUGGUGUUGUCAGACUACGAAAGUAGAUUUACGACAAAAGAAGACUUCCGUCAAGCAACGAUGGACCAAGCAAGGUCAACAAUAUCAAAAAUAUUUAAUGGGGAACCACACUCGUACACACGGUUCAACUUGACCCAGAACAUGGAAGGCGACAACAGCCAAGUGGAGAUGAAGCUGUCGUCCGACAUGGAUGAAGAAGUUGGAGGAAAUGGAGUGGGAGCCCAUCUCGGUCAUAACGGCAACCACAAAUCUUACAUGAAUUCAAAGUUUGGACGCACGCCCAAGAACCUUUGCUUUAUGGUAGCCACCAUCCUCCUCAUCUUGAUCAUCGGGUACUUGAUUGGUUAUCUGGCCCAUGGGAAGAAAGAUUCGCCCCCCAGCUGCUCAGCAUCUGUGCAAUUUUCUGAUGCGCCUGUCAUGCAUGAGACUGGAGCCGCUCCUGUCAUGAACUGGGAUAAUGUCAAGGAUGCGCUUGCUCAGAAACUGAGUGCAUCUAACUUCAAAACCGCCUUCAGUGAUUUUUCCCAUGUGAGCCAUCGGGCUGGUUCUCCAGGUGAUGACGCCUUGGGAGACAAGGUGGUCAGGAACUUUAAAGAGUAUGGCAUGAAAACCUGGACUGAUGAGCACUUUGUUAAAGUGCAGGAUCCUCCACUUUCUGGAUACAACAAAGUUAUUUUCAAGAACGGCGUAGAGGAGCGUCAAAAUGGUUUUCUGUCCUACAGUGCCAAUGGAAGAGUGCAGAGGGCUAUCCUGUACGCCCACUAUGGACAGGAAAGUGACUUUAGAUUGCUGCGGGACAGAAACAUCAACAUGAGUGGGAGAGUUAUGUUGAUCAGAGCUGGACUGAUCAGCUUUGCAGAAAAAGUAGCCAAUGCUGCCAAAAUGAAGGCCUCUGCUGUGUUGAUCUACCAAGACCCCUCUGAUUACCCUUCUGAAGAGACCACUGAACUCUUUGGUCAUGUCCAUUUGGGUUCAGGCGAUCCCUAUACCCCUGGCUUUCCCUCCUUCAACCACACCCAGUUUCCACCUGCCCAGUCCUCAGGCCUGCCAAAUAUCUUGGCUCAAACUAUCACCACUCGCACAGCCACCAACAUUCUUAGACAACUGGAGGGUCAGAAUGUGCCGGAAGAGUGGGGAGGUUUCAACAAACUUGGUAGUGAGAGUGAUGUCAUCACUGUGGAGGUCAACAACUAUCUUACUGAGAAAAAGAUCAACAAUGUCUUCGGCGUCAUCAAGGGCUUUGUGGAUGCAGAUCGUUACGUGGUCAUUGGUGCCCAGAGGGACGCCUGGGGUCCAGGUUUUGCUGCGUCAACUGUUGGAACCAGCGUUCUGGUCGAACUGGCUCGUUCCAUCUCCAGCAUGGUAAAGAAUGAUGGAUUCAAACCAAGGAGGAGUAUUGUGUUUGCUAGCUGGAGUGCUGGAGAAUAUGGGAGCGUUGGCGCCACUGAGUGGCUGGAGGGCUAUGUAUCAUCUCUUAGUAUGAAGGCCUUCUCUUACAUCAACCUUGAUGGCAUUGUAACAGGUCACAGUGACUUUAAAGUAUCAGCAAGUCCUAUGAUGUACACUUUGAUUGAACGCACUCUCAAGGAGGUGACCCUUCAGAAUGAGGCUGUACCCCUACUCUCUCAGUUUGGAAGGGACAGCUGGCAAGCUAAUGUGCUGGAACCCCUGCAGAUGGAUAACGCUGCUUAUCCUUUCAUUGCCUUCUCUGGCAUUCCAUCUUUGUCGUUUAGGUUCGCAUCUGGUAAUUUAGGCUAUCCAUAUUUUGGCACAUUCAUGGACACCCAAGAAAAGCUGAUUUCUGUCACGUCCAACCAGCAUCUACAGCUGGCUGAAGCAGCUGCCAAAUUUGCAGGCCACAUAGCACUGAGGCUCACCCACGACCAUCUGCUGCCGAUGGACCUGUUGAAGUACAACAAGGUUAUUCGUUCUCACAUGAUUCAGAUCAACAAGAAAGUGGAUAAUGUUGAGAGGAUGCAGCCUCAUCUCGUCCCCGUCUCAAUGCAGUGGCUGUUCUCGGCCGCCGGCUCCUACAGCCGAGCUGCUCGUAACCUGAUGACCGAUAUUCAAAAUAGCGACUUGGGGGACAUUGAGAUGUGCCGCAUCUACAAUGACCGCAUCAUGUCGGUGGAGAGGAACUUCCUGUCAGCGUAUGUGUCCGCCAGAGAAUGUCCUUUCCGCCACAUCCUGCUCGGCUCUGGUCCACACACACUGAAGGGGCUGUCCGACCACCUUGACGCCCUCAGGACCGACAGCCCACCAGUGACCACAGAUGAGUUCCGAAACCAGUUUGCCUUAGCAACCUGGACACUUCAGGGCUGUGCCAACGCACUAGCAGGGGACAUUUGGCCAUAUGAUAGUGAAAUGUAAAAAGUUCUUUUCUUGUUUUUUCACAUGGUCCUGAUUGUGAAAAAGCAUAUUACGUAAAAUUGAAUAAUAAUAAUAAUAAUAAUAAUGAUAAUAAUAAUAAUACAUACCAGGUAAAAGCUGUCUCAUCUCUCUUUGAUCUUGAAUUAAAGAUGACAGGCUUUUCACCUUAACAAUUUACAAGUAUUUUCUUAAACGUUCUGCUGAAAGAAAGUUUUGCCAACGCGGUGCUUAAUGAACCACACUGAAUGACAUUGGUGCUAUUGUAUGUGCCUUCAUUGCUACUGCAAAAUCCAAACCGUAUCACACAAAUGCCAGUACUUUAACUUGCAGACUUGCAAAACCCAAAUGGGCAUUAUGUCUCGAUCAAGUCAUUGUUUUGCAUCUGCUUUAAUCACACAACUCUAAGCACAAAGGACGUAGAACACCUCUACAAUAAUUUGCAAUAUAUUGAAUGGGAUAGAUAACAGCUACAAUAGAUUAGGAACAGGUAGGCACCAUAUGAUCGAUGUGCUGCACGGAUGAUAUGAGAAAAAGUCCAAUGAGAAAAAAUGCCAAAAUCAAAAAAAUUACGAAGCACUGAAACAGGAAACUAUUUAUUGUAUUAUUUAUUUAUCAGUGGCAGGGCUCACUAUAAAUAGUUUUUUAUAUGACCUUUUAUAGAAAAUGUAUAAUUAUCGGGAGCAGUGCCUUCCAUAAUUAUGACAGUUAUACUGUCGAAAUGACAAAAGCAGCAUCUGCUAAAAGAAGCGUACAUGCACCGAGCGCAGUUUUACGCUGGAGUCGAGUCGCUCAUCAGAGCUCACGUGCUGAUGUACGCUUCCCAUCUUGACAGCAUUAUCGGAAGCAGUGUCUUCCAUAAUGUGGAAACGAAGAAGGUAGUUUUUGCCUACCGACGUGUGUCUGUAUCGGAGGCAGUGCCCUCCAUAUUUCACUGUACGGGGUGGAUUUUUAUAUUAUCGGGAGCAGUGUUUCCCAUAAUUUUUGUAUAUACAUUAGCUCUACUUUCCUAGUUGAUGUACUUUCUUCCAACAUCCAAUAAAGGCUGCAGUUUCUGCUCACAGUUAUCAAAAUCGUUUUUUUUAUAGGCAUUUUUCUUUGUUUCAAAUCAAACAUUGAUAGUAUGUUGAUAUGGAUACACUCCUGAUCAAAAUUCCAAGACCAGUUGAAAAUUUGCAAGAAUUGACAUUUUGCACUGUUUGAUCAUAAGGAGGCUCUAAGUAGAGCUUCAAAACGCAAAAAGACAAAACAAAUGAGUGAGCAAACAAGCAUUGAAGUGAAAUAGGCUGUUCAUCAGCUGGUCAAAACUUUAAGUGGACAGCCUUUAAAAGGAAAAAUCUUGGCAAAAAUGCAAAUUCAAUGUCGUUUUCUGUCAGGUAUUCAAACUGUCAUGAUCUCUAGAUGGCAAGGGCAAAAAAAGCUUUUUUUUCUUUCAAUGUUCGGAUUGUUGAGCUUGCAUAAGCAAGGCCUCUUGCAGCGCUCCAUUGCUGCUGAGGUUGGACGCAGAAAGGCAGUCAUUUGAAACUUCUAAGAUCCUGAGGGUAAUGGAACGAAAAAGUCAAGCGGUAGACCCAAAAAAAUGUCUGAGCCGAAGGAUCCCAUUGGCAAGACACGGGACCAUCCUCGGCACAAAUGAAGUGUCGAGUGCAGUCCGAUAACCAUCAGACGGCAUCUGUGAGAGAAGUGUUUUAACAAAAAAAAGUCUUAAAAGGCCUCGUCUCCUUCAACGCCACAAAAUUGCCCAAUACACAACAUGGGACAUUGAAAGGUGGAAGAAAGUUUUAUUCUCUGACGAGGAAAAAGUUUAACCUUGAUGGUCCUGAUGGCUUCCAACGUUACCGGCAUGACAAGGAGAUCCUACCUGAGAUGUUUUCCACGCGGCACAGUGGAGGGGGUGCCAUCAUGAUCUGGGGUGCUUUUUCCGUCAAUGGAACAAUGGAGCUUCAGGUUGUGCAGGAGUGUCAAUUUUUCAACUGGUCUUAAAAUUACGAUCAGAAGUUUAUGUAAUUGAUCUAUAGGAUCGCAGUAACAUUUGUGUUUCCUUCCUUUUGGGUGUGUUAAGAAGGUCACAUGUGCCUUUUGUUUCAUGACUGCAUUGCCGCUUCCACCAGCGCUGAAAGGGUUAAGUCUAAGGGUAGCGAAUUAGGCUUGUAUUAGUUUGUACAUUUCUGUAUGCAUGUCCUCGGGUGGGCGUUUAUGACUGUUCCGCCACAAUCAAAAGUUACUGACCCAAAAGCUGGCCUUGCCAUCACACAUUUUCCUCAGUAAGUUAAGCUACCAAUCAAAAGAGAUGAAGUGAAAUGAUUUAUGUGUCAUUUAUGUACUAAACAAAUCAUGUUGCACGUUUUGCUUCAUUUAAGUAGAGCAAAAUUGUGUCAUUAUUUUGGCUCAGUAGCCUUACAUUGAUGUGGCGUUCUGGGCUGAAGGUGGCAAAUCAGUGUAUCUCCUCCAAAUGUUUGUGUGCCAUGUUACACUUCUGUUUCUGCAAUAAACAAUCACCUCACAA